AUGAUCCGGCUGAUUGGCGCUGGAGUGGGACGGCGGUCUCCGGAUGGCUUGAUGAUUUCAUCAUUCAGCACAGGCAUCGAAUACGCCGAGGCCAUGAAACAGGUUGGCAAGAAGCAGCCAGUAGACCCGAAGACGUAUAAAUGCUCCGAGUAUUUCGCUUUUCACAGCUAUACCUUUUUUGACAAAGAGGUGCUCAUUUUAGAAAGCUUUGGUGUGCUGACGAUGAAGAAAAUUGAAAAGCGUUGA